AUGUUUCUAUUAUUAGAUCAAUGUGAAAGUGGAAGUGCUUUUUCAGAGAAAGUUUCGUACGGGAUUUCCUUUGAAGUUGUCACCAAACUACAGAAAUAUCAAAAUACAAGACUGUGUUAUGCUGAAAGUAAGAUUUAUCUUCAAAAAAUGUUGACAGUGAUGUGCCCAAGCUGUCGUCACCGAUUUCCAGCUCCAGGUUGUUGUGAACCUAAAAAUAUGAAUGAAGAUAAUACUCUAAUUCAUCCAACAACCUGUUACUAUGGUGGCCUGCUAGUUCCUAAGAGUUAUACUAGUGGUGGUGGCUGUUUUAUAAAUGCACCAACUAUAAUUCAUACGCAACCAGUUAUCAAUUCCUUCAACUAUCCAUCAAUGACACUUGAUUUGGAAAAACCAAGAACUGAUAAACAAAGGGAAGAUUUCCUUCAAAGAUAUGAAAAAAAUACACAAGUUCUUGGAUUUCCAUUAAUCAAUGAAGAAUUACAAAAGAAUCAAAGUUCUGGAUGUCAAAUUACUACAAGCUGUGACUUAACUGGAGGAAGUGUAACAAUAACAACACCAAGUAUACAAUCUGGAGGCUGUUUAAUUCAAAGUAUGGAUUCUGAAACUCUUAUGCAUACACCACAUAUGGAAAUCCGUCCAAAAUUAUCUGGUGGAGGAUGUUUUGUGCAAAAAACAUUAUCAACUGAAAAUCAAGAAGUUUCUGUUAUAUCUCAUGAAAAAAAAAUUCAACAAGAAAGUGUGAGUCAUGAUAAAAGGAUGUUUUUAAUACCUCCAAGUGGCUGUCAAGAAUUACCAGGGACUCGAAGAAAUAUAUUAUCACAAAAAAUAGAAGAAGCAACUUCGCUAGAAAAUUAUGAGGAAAAGUCAAUUUUCUCAGAUUUUCAAAUGAAUGUGCCAGUAAUGCAAUUUCAACAAGCUAAAAAUUCUAAAACAAAUGAACAUGAAUUAGAACAGAGCCGAAAUUUCAACUGUUGUUGUAAUAAUGUUCAAAAGCUUUAUCAUGUUAAAUCAAAUAAUCUUCAAGUUUCGGAAAAUCGUAAUUCUAUGGUUUUAGAUUCUAAUCCAGGAGUACAGAUUCAAGUAAAUGCGACUGUGCAACUUCCAGCAAAUUUAGGACAAUGUACAGUAAAUAUAACUGCAACUACUACAAAUUCUCCUGAUUCUUUGUCAAGUAUAACUUCAAGAAGUAGAAACAAUUUUAAUGGUGGAGGUUUAGUACAGAAAAAUGAAACUCAAAAUAAUGAAGAAAAUUUUGAUGAAAGAAGAGAUAGAACUCCAACCACACCAGUUUCUUGGUUAAUGCCAUGUCCUUGGAGUUUUGACAACUAUAUGAUGGAUAGGGAUGCAGCUAGAUUAAGUGAAGUUAAAAGACUCUUACAAAUCUGUGGUUGGUACCAUGAAGGUCUUAGUUGGCAGCAAAGUGAAAAUUUGUUAAAAAAUGCUAUGAUUGGCAGAUGGCUGAUGAGAGAUAGUUCAGAUAGUAGAUAUAUGUUUGCUGUGUCUGUGCAAACUGCUAGAGGACCUACCUCUGUUAGAGUUCAUUAUUUUGUGGGACAGUUUCGAUUAGAUGCUGAACCUAGACUUGCUUUUGCAAUUCCUCUUUUUGAUUGUCCAAUUAAAAUGCUAGAAUAUUAUGUGGAAUAUUCAAAAAGUGUUGAUGAACAAAGAAAAGAAGUUUGGGUAGAUUAUAGUGGACAACUUUAUAGUGAAAUUUAUUUGACAAAGCCUUUAGUUAAAGAAGUAAGGUCUCUUAGUCAUUUGGCCAGGUUAGUUGUUAAUAGGAAUAAGUUACCUACAAAACAUUUGCCACCGUUAAUUAGAAAUUAUUUAGCAGAAUAUCCAUAUAGUCUUUGAAAAAUAAUGCAUGAGAUUUUUCUGAUUUCUGGAUUAAUAAUUUAUAAAAUUUAAAAAUUUUUAUGUACUAAAUAAUAAAUUAAUUUAAAAUAAUAUUCAUCAAUUUAUGAAUUUGAGUAUAUUCCAAUAAAAUUUCUAUUUUAUUUAUUAACAAUAAAUAAAGAUAUUUAACAAAAUAAUUUAAUUUAAAUAUUUACUAUAAUUUUAUAUAAAUAUAAAUUAUUAAAAGUUUUGUUCAAUUAAUUCUAGAUAUCAGAAAAAACUCGAAAAUAUAAUUAUUUUUAUACAUUUUAAAACAAUGUGAAUCAGAAUUUGUAGUAAAAAUGAUAUAUAAAAAUUAAAAUUAUAUAAAAACUAGUGAGAUACUAAAACUUACAUUUUCGUAAAUUAAAAAAUUAAAAGUAGCUUAUGAUAUUAAAAUAAUACGUGAAAUUGUUAAAAUAAUGUUAAAAUAAUGGAAGUUAAGCAAAAUUUUAUAAUUUUGUUCAUAGUCAGUAAAGCAUAAUAUUGUAAGAUUGAUUAUUCGACCGAGUUUCUUUCCAUUUAAAAUUUUUUCGAAAGACAGGGUACCAUUUACAUAUCCUGCUCGAACCAAUCAAAAUCUUCAACGAUUUUUUUUCUUCAUUCGUAAUCAAUAAAAUUAUUUGUAAGAUUUUGUUGGAUUUGAAAUUCCAUUUGAUUAUAAGUUUUGAUAAAUAAUUUUUUUAGCAUUGAGAAAGACACUA